AUCCCGCAAGUGAUUGGUUGGCAUUGGCAACGAUUUUUUUUUUAGCAGCAUCUUUCGGCUUACUAAGUCUUUGAAUAAAGAAAUUGAGGAUAUAAAUAUACAAAGUUUGAGACUUCAUCGCCUUUAAAGUCACUCACCCCAGAGGAGCAAGGAGCGAGUACAGACUGCAAACAGAAUGACCAGCUCAUCUGCUCCCAGGAUGGUGAAUAGUUACAAGAGGACCUCAAGCCCCAGAUCACCGACCAACAGUGGGGAGCUGUUUACCCCAGCACACGAGGAGAAUGUGCGCUUUAUACAUGAUACCUGGCAGUGUGUGCUCCGAGACAUCAGAUCGACACAAAAUAGUGAACGCAACGACCGCGGACCACAGGAGUAUGUGGAGAAGAACCCAAAUCCUAACCUACAUUCUUUUACACCAGUGGACCUGAGUGACCUAAAAAAGCGCAACACACAGGACUCCAAAAAGUCUUAGUUUUUUCUCUCAUGUUCCUGUUACUUUUUUUUUUUUCAUCCAUUAUCCUCAAGAACUUUUAAUUUCUCUGCUCUCUGACAGCCAGAAACUUGACCCUGUUGGAAAGUCUAACACAGAAUACAAAUCUCAUUUGUAUACAAGGACCAUAGCAACCCUUUUCUGUUUUUUUUCCCUUGACCACUGACAAAAAAAACAGCCUUGGCUUUUAAGGGGGAACCAGCUCUUUCUUUUUAUGUUUUCAGGUGACAGAAGUCUUCAUAUUGUGGCUCUUGGUGUGGCUGAGACUGCUCCAAGGGUUCAUCAAACAACCGAAGCACAGAUUGAAACCCGACAAGACAAAAAGACUGAAGUCUUAAACAAUAGUAGAACAACUCAAAUGACAUUGGAAGAAAUUGUAAAGGGCUUUUUCUGUUCCAUUCUGGAAAAUAGAUUGAUCAAUUAGAAAUGCUUCAUGGGCAAGUAUUGAAAGCCAAAAUAAAGUGUAGAAGGCCAACCUUUUUAAUAAACUAUCUUGCCCUUGGUGGAUUUUAUUUUGCAGAGUAAACAGCCCUUUGUUAAGCCCUCUGCUCAAAGCCUUGAAACAAAAAUGUUGAAUAAAAGACUUUUACAGUA